GGCGCGCCGGGCGCGGGCAGCAGCGGCGAGAUGGAGAUGGCGGCGGCGGCGGCGCCGUGCCCGGGGGAGCCGGAGCGGCUGGACUUCCUGCGGGAGCGGCACGUGCGCUUCUUCCAGCGGUGCCUCCAGAUCCUGCCCGAGCGCUACUCGUCCCUGGAGACCAGCAGGUUGACAAUUGCAUUUUUCGCACUCUCUGGUCUGGAUAUGUUGGAUUCCUUAGAUGUGGUGAACAAAGAUGAUAUAAUAGAAUGGAUUUAUUCCCUGCAGGUCCUUCCCACAGAAGACAGAUCAAAUAUGAAUCGCUGUGGAUUCAGAGGUUCUUCAUAUUUAGGGAUGCCAUUCAAUCCCUCCAAGGGUCCAGGUAUAUCUCAUCCCUAUGAUAGUGGGCACAUAGCAAUGACUUACACAGGACUAUCAUGUCUGGUUAUUCUUGGAGAUGAUUUAAGUCGAGUAAAUAAAGAUGCCAUACUGGCAGGACUGAGAGCUCUCCAGCUGGAGGAUGGAAGUUUCUGUGCAGUGCUGGAAGGAAGUGAGAAUGAUAUGAGGUUUGUGUACUGUGCUUCCUGUAUCUGCUACAUGCUCGAUAACUGGUCAGGCAUGGAUAUGAAGAAAGCAAUAGACUACAUUAGAAGAAGUAUGUCUUAUGAUAAUGGCCUGGCACAGGGAGCUGGACUGGAAUCUCAUGGGGGCUCUACAUUUUGUGGUAUUGCAUCACUGUGUUUGAUGGGCAAACUGGAGGAAGUUUUUUCAGAAAAAGAGCUGAACAGAAUAAGAAGAUGGUGUAUAAUGAGGCAACAGAAUGGAUACCAUGGACGACCCAACAAACCUGUAGACACUUGCUAUUCCUUUUGGGUGGGAGCAACAUUGAAGCUCUUGAACAUAUUCCAAUAUACAAAUUUUGAGAAAAACCGAAAUUACAUCCUGUCAACUCAAGAUCGCCUUGUUGGUGGGUUCGCCAAGUGGCCAGACAGCCAUCCAGAUGCUUUACAUGCCUACUUUGGGAUCUGUGGUUUGUCAUUAAUUGGAGAAUCUGGUAUUUGCAAAGUUCAUCCCGCCCUAAAUGUAAGCACAAGAGCAUCAGAGCGUCUUCACCACCUUCAUCAGAUCUGGAAAACGGACUUUAAACAGCACUCAGACGACACACACCUCUCUACAUGACUGAUUUAGACUUGAAUUUAGUUCUGGUAGCAUAACUGUAGCCCAGGGUUAAAAGCCAUGUAUAACCAAUGUGCUCUUUUAAGUGCUGGAGUCAUACAAUCAGAUCUGUGUUGCUGGCAUCACUUUGAUAGGGAGUUGCCUUCAGCAGGUUAUUCUGCAUUGUGAAAUGGGGAAUAUUUUGAUUAUAUAGAAAUUUGUCACCGCAGAUUGUAAAUGGCUUUUCAGAUGGCUUUACUUCUAAGAAAUCCCUUGAGGCAUUUAAACUUCAUUUUAAUUUUAUUUUUUUAAAUUUGUGCAUACUGUGUCAAAAUAUAUAAUGGGGAAGUAUUUUCAAAAUUGUUUACAUAGCAUACAGUAUAGCACAGAACGUUAAAGUUCUUUAUAAUCUUACUGUUUGACAUAUUUUUGGGUAGAGAGUCUCUCACAUUAAGUCUCAGUUAAAAAUUACCUAUUAUCAUCAACUUUCAGAUUCCAUAAACUUUGUUUUUCAUAAACAAAUUAAUUAAAUACAAAUAAAAUUAUUUUAUUCAAUAUACUGGACUUUUAAGGUUGUGUGGCCUUACUAAAUGAAUCUCAUAAUUCUUCUGAGUAGGUUUUACACAGAUGCAGUGGAUUGUUAGCCAGACAAAGAGUUUUCAUUUGAAAUAGUUUCUUCAUGUGAAGUUCACUAAGAGUGUGGCAUAUUGAUGUGCAUCAAUAAGAGAUUUUCAGCCCAGUCUUUUGGAAGCAUACCUGUAUGCAAGAGUAGCAUUAGAACCUGCUUCCAAAGACAAACCUUCGCAAUACAUUGAAGUUGUUCAAAUUAGAGUAAUGAUGAACAUUCUCAGCUUCUUUAGUGCUUUACUAGUGCCUUACUUUGUAUGCUUGAAGUGCUGUUCACAGUUGGAGCAAGUAACUUUGCAGCUGGUGUGUUUGUGGCAGGGCAGUUUGUGCAUUCAGUAGACACCACAACGUCUUUCUACUUGCCAGUCAUUAACAGCACUUUUUUUUUCUAAAGGUUCCAAAGACAACUGAGGACUUCCUGAAACAGAUUAGGUGCACCAUUUGCCACUGCUGAGCCCAAAGAAACAGGAUGUAGAUCUUUUUGGCCAGCAAAAAGAGCUUUGGGGAUAAACAUGAUUCCUGUUUUGCAAUGCAGGGCAAGUGAGAAGGGUAGUGUAGUUUGUACCCCUAGCACACAUGUCAGAGAGGUCCAAUAGGUAUCUUUAGGCUACAAGAACAAUCCCAUUGUCCAAAGCUGUAGCAGCCUUCCUACCUGUAUAGAUAGGUUUUAUUUCUAUAACAGAUUAAUUUCCAUGGCAGCAUUGGGAGCACAACUAGUGAUAGUGAUCUCCUUGGAAAAGCAGAGGAGGAGCGGGGAAGGGUGUGUGUGAUCUAGACAUGUCCCAGUAGAAACUUGGAGGAGGAGAGACUCAGUAAUUGUAAAAACUGGAAAGUCCAGAGGGGUGGAACCAAUAGAACUGUGAGGCUGGUACUGGAGUGGGAGAAUGAGGUGCUUGAAUAGGACUGUUGCAGAGUAAGAGAAAUGAAAACUGGGAGAUCCUGAGGCUGGAGGCAAGAGCGAAGAAUGUGGAGCGGUAAUGGAACCAAACUGGUGGAAAUUAUUUGAGUUGCUUAGGGUAAGAUUAGGGAGUGAAAGAAAGGUAGUGGCUCGAGGAACAUGAAGGAGUUAAGGAACGAAGAUAGAGCUUGGGAAUUGGUUUUGUUGCCCACAAGCCAAGGUGACCAGAAGCCCAGCCACAAAUAAAAAGAGCUAGCAAGAUACCUAAAAGAGAGGAUCUCCCAGACAGGGGGCUCACUACAGCAGUUCCUGUGGGAAUCACAUUUUCCUGGAUAGGCUUAAUGGGAUAUUGGACAGCAAAGGCUGAAGUAGUUUCCCUGAGCAGAAGUCUCUAAGGUCAUGGAUGUCUACCUAGAUGAAAACCCAUAUAAAACCAAACAACACCAAUCUUGAAGUAAAAAUUGAUCAAAAAAGCAUGGUAUUUUCUUGUCUUUACAUCAGAUGGUGACAACAAGUUGACUUCAUGGUAGGAUAGCUUGUGUUUCUGGAACACAGUGUAGUUACAAUGAAGAUGAGAUGUAAUUGUAGCUAUCCAUCCUCACCACUGCUUCUCUCCCUUGCUGGUGAACCAUAUUUGAGUUUUUUAGCUUUUACUACAUACCCUGGUAGACGGAGUAGCUUUGAAUUUCAGAAGAGUUGAAUAAGGUGUUCUUAGUCUGUGCUGGGCAACAGUCUAAAUAUUUGUUCUUACUUAGCUUAGUGAAAAAUUAUGUAUUUGAUUAUUGUGAGGCAAAUCCAUACUUGCAAAAUCCUGAACUAUGGUUCCUGAGUUGUCCUGUGUGUGACCACAUUCUCAUCUGUGAGGCUCAUCGGGGUCUCUCAGCAAAAAAUAUGGGGGUAACAGUGAAAAAUCAUACUAUGUGAACAAGAAAAAUUCUCAUGGCAAGUAAUUUAACUUUUUCUGUCUCAAAAAACAGGUACCAUUUCUUGCUAUGUUUUCUGUAAGCUACCCUGUGUUCUUUAUAUGGAUUUUACAUUUCUUAUCUCCUUGGCCCCAGUUAUUCUACAACAUCUUUCCAGGCUGUGUGUUGACUGUGGAGCUAGCUUUUCCUAAAGGUUGCACAAGGCAUAUUUGUUUCUCAUUAACUCAAAGUUUGGUGAAGGCAGCAAAAUACCUAUGCUUUCAUCUCACACUGAGUAUCUAAUUACUUUAAUUCUUUUGAAAUCUUUAAUCUUUUUUAGGUUGACAAAAAUCAGUACUAAUAACCACUUCUGCAUAUGUGAUUUGCCAUUCUGAAUGUCCCAAUUUAUGUCAGGCAAACAGAUUAUGAACAUUGAAUGUUCCUGUGUAGCAAACAUCUGGAUUCUGACUGUAUUGAAUUGUCUCUCUGAUUUUUGUUUUUUAUUGUGUCUUCUGACUAGAAAAAUGUUAAAUGAGAAAUAAGUGGACAAGAGUUUCACAGAAGUCCAUAGCCUAAAAUCGCUUUUAAAGGGGAUAAAUCAAAAUAGAGCUAAAACUUAAAUGUGAACUGUGAAGUUUAAAUGUAGCUAGAAAAAGCAAACCAUGUGAUCAUUACCUACCUCUAAUAAUUUUGUGUUAACCACAGCUUUACAUUGCUGAGACUGAACCUACAUAAGAAAUUCAUGCAUCGAAUGGCUUUACCAUGUGCUUGAGGAUGUAAAAUCUCUUGGCUAUCAGGCUGACAAAUGUGAGUGCCUCUAUCCUAUCUGAAACACUCCCAAACUCUAUGUGUGGCCCAAGUUUCUCUUCCAGAAAAACAGCUUUAAAAUGUUAUGCUGAACAAAGGAAGUCAAAUGUAUCUUUUCCACAGGAUCUGAGGUCUGGGGAUUUAAACAUUGUCACUAGGGCUUUCAGGCCUACUUGAUUUGUACAUAGCUGCUGACAGGUGUGGUAACACCAUUUUGGAAGGCUGCUUCCAAGCAUGUUUGUAUUUAUAAAUUUUCAUACUGAGAACUGUUUUUUCUAAACAGAACAAUCAUCAUCACUGAAAAAAACUAGCAAGAAAAUUGGGUAUUGCAGAAAUACCUGAAAUGCAUAUGCUGAAGCACAUAUUAAGAGUACUGUGCUCUGUGCUCUAUUGCCCAAGGUAAAAGACAAGCUGAGAGGAGCUGAAGAAGCUGCAUCAAAUAUGCUUUCUCCAUGGAUGCCAGUAUAGAAAUUCAAUAUUCUAUAGAAACUUGUGUUCCCUAAAAAAUACAUUUCAACUUUGUGCUGAGUGAGCCAUUCAGUAUGGGGUUGCCUAAUAUAGAAGGGAAGAAACAGUGAUUUCCAAAGUCAAAGCCUUUUAUGGACUGCCCACCUCCUGGCAUUUUGGAGAAACUUGCUAUCAGUGUCCCUGUGGAGGUCAAAGAGAUGUCAGGACAUGUGUAAGAAGCAGAGAGACCCUAAGUAAGAAGAUGCUAUUGUUGCAACUAAAUAUGAGACAUCUCCAAAAUUCAUCAAUUGAAUGAGAUUAUUGGUCUGUUUACCUUGAUAUUAAAUACUGUGGUGAUUCUGAAAAGCUCUUUUUUUGCUGUUGCAAGAAAAGACCACUUAACAGGCUUUCCUCACUGCAUAUGACACUGGGUGAAAAAGUAGUCUCAACAUCUUUAUACUAAAUGUUUAUUAAAUUACUCCACUAAGUGGUUACAAUAUGUUGUAGAUUUACACUUUCUGUUCACCAUUUUUAAGCUUAUGUGUUCCUGGUCUCUAUUUGCCUGAUUAGUUUCUGAGUUUAAUAAAAAUCAAUGAAAUGUU